GAAUCAUUAAUCAAACGAAUUAAACGGGUUCUGGUUUGACCGGAACCGGAUGUAGCCGUUCGCUCGUCAGCUGACUCAUCACAUGACUCCCACAGCGUCUGUCCGGUUUAUACCGGAGGAUCUGCCCGUUUCUCCUCAGGGAACUUCUGCAGGGAGGACAAGCGGCAGGAAAGCUGGCUGCGCCGUCAGGAGGAGCAUGAAGCUGAAGGCCCAGUGAGGAGCAGCAGCAGCGGGGCUGAACUAGCGAGCUACGCCUGCUUUCUGUCGCCGGAACUUCUCCCAAUUUGGGCGUCGAAGAGAUCUUUCAAAAUGGGUCCAGAUGGGAAGAAGCUGCUGAACAUCAUCAUCCUCGGCUUCGGCUUCAUGUUCAUGUUCACUGCGUUUCAGACGUGUGGAAACAUAGAGCAAACUGUUAUCAAGAGCUUCAACAGCACCGAGUUUCAUGGGAGCGGCUACACCAGCAUGGCCAUCAUUUACGGCGUCUUCUCUGCGUCCAACCUGAUAGCGCCCUCUGUGGUGACGGUGAUCGGGCCCCAGGUCUCCAUGUUCCUCAGCGGGAUUCUAUACAGCGCUUACAUCGCUAUGUUCAUCCAGCCGUUCACCUGGAGCUUCUACACGGCGUCUGUGCUGGUGGGCAUCGCUGCUGCAGUUCUGUGGACCGCUCAGGGAAACGUGCUGGCCAUCAACUCCUCCGAAAGCACCAUUGGCAGGAACAGCGGCAUCUUCUGGUCCCUGCUGCAGUUCAGCUUGUUCUUUGGGAAUCUCUACAUCUACUGCGCCUGGCACGGACACGAGCGCAUCACUGACAAGGACCGCAGGACGGUCUUCAUCUCGCUCACCGUCAUCAGUUUGGUCGGCUGCUUCCUCUUCUUCCUCAUCCGGAAGCCCGAGCCGGAGUCUUCGUCUCGCUCUGAGGUGACGGAGUCUCUGCUGCAGGACGAGUCCCUCAACGGCUCCACGGACAGCUCGUCCCAGCCGAGCCUCUGCUCUCAGGCUCUGGAUGCUUUCGUGAAAGCCGGUAAAAUAUCCGUCACCAGAGAAAUGCUGCUGCUGAGCGUCUCCAUAGGAUACACAGGUCUUGAGCUCACCUUUUACAGCGGCGUGUACGGGACCUGUAUCGGAGCCAUGACCCGCUUUGGGUCCGACGCCAAGAGUCUGAUCGGUAUCUCUGGAAUCUGUAUCGGAGUCGGCGAGAUCCUAGGAGGGGGCGUCUUCGGGCUGCUGAACAAAAACAACCGGUUUGGGAGAAACCCUGUGGUGCUGCUGGGACUCAUCACUCACUUUGUUGCAUUCUUCCUGAUUUUCCUGAACAUUGCCAGCGACGCUCCGCUGGCGCCGGAGGGCGGGACGGACCUGAAGGCUUUCAUCACACCCAGCGUGGGCGUGGCGUUGCUCUGCAGCUUCCUGCUCGGCCUGGGAGACAGCUGCUUCAACACGCAGCUCCUCAGCAUCAUCGGCUUCACGUUCCGCGACGACAGCGCCCCCGCCUUCGCCGUCUUCAAGUUCAUCCAGUCCAUCAUGGCCGCCGUGGCGUUCUUCUACAGCAACUACCUGCUGCUCCACUGGCAGCUGCUCAUCCUCGUCAUCGCCGGCUUCAUGGGCUCCGUCUCCUUCUUCGCGGCCGACUGGGUCGCCGAGUCCAGGAAGAGGGACUCGGACUACGACAGCAUCUGAAGCAGCAGAACUGGAGACGGACGGCGUGGUCUGGGUUCUGCUGAGCGGCCCGGUUUGGCGCUGGAGCGGACUCUGUGUGUUCACUGUUUGGUCUCACUGUAAACUUUAACACGCUUUGCUUGGUGGUGGAGGCUUGUGAUUAAAAGACGAUCCACGGGACGACUGCUGCUCGGGCCGGACCCUCAGAACCGAGUCCGAUUCAUUCACUGAGAAAGAGGGAGCCCUGGUUCUCCUGGGUCGGUUCUCCUGGGUCACCGUGGUUCUCCUGGCUGCUUCUCUAAUGUUCUCCUGGUCCAGUCCU